AUGGCGCCCCAGAGCCCGGAGGAGGAGAAGUACGACCUCAUCAACCUGAAGACGCGCGUGCUCGAGGACGCGGGCACGUCCAUGCCCGACUUCGAGAAGGUCUACUGCAUCCCCGAGGGGGACGACUGGGAGCGCGCGCGGCGCGGCGACGCGAAGACGGCGUACGCGUUCCUCAAGGCGGACUACGACUGGCGCGUGGAGCACGGCGUCGCGGCGCUGCGGACCCAGUCGCCGGCGGAGGUGCUGGGCUGCGACCCGCGCGUGUUGUCCCAGUACUACGAGCGGCGGCUCCUGGGCGUCGACGCGCACGGGCGGUUGUGUUUGUACCAGGGCUACAAGAACAUGCUCGCGCGCGAGCUCAAGAAGCACGUGCCCCUCGAGAAGGUGACGCGCUUCCACAUCUGGGAGCAGGAGCGCGCGGCGGCGAUCAUCGACGAGCUCGUGCGGACGCGGCGGCGCCGCGGCGGCCGCGGGCCGCCGAUCCAGCCGAAGAUGGCCGUCAUGCUCGACGUCUCGGACAUGACGAUCUCGCGCCACGUCAACUCCGACUUCCUCUACGUGGUCAAGACGCUGGCGAACUACGACCAGAACCACUUCCCCGAGCGCAUGGGCACGACCUUCAUCAUGAACGCGCCGUCCGUCUUCGGCAUGGUCUGGCGCAUCGCGACGCCCGGGGCGGGAAACGGGUGGUUUGAGGUCAAGCCGUGGCUCGACGCGCACACGGUGAAGAAGAUCCACAUCGUCACGGACAAGGAGGACUGGCGCACCAUCGUCGCCGCGAAGCUCGGCGACCCCAUCAUGCAGAAUUUAGCCGACGAGGUCCAGCUCGACGAGGCCGUCAACGACCCGGCGGACGACCUGAACCACUCCGUCAAGGACGUCGCGGCGGCGCUGCUGGAACGUCUGGGCGGCGCCGAGGAGGUCAAGGAGGAGGACGACGCGCCGCCGUCGACGCCCAAGGGCCAGAUCCGCCCGAGCUACGCGGACUCGUCGUUCGUGACCGUCGAGCGCGGCGACGACGACAGCGACGACGACCACUUUCUGGACGCGCGGAGCCCGAAGCUCACGUCCAAGGAGGCGAAGAAGGAGCUGCUCCUCCUCGACUCGCUGGCGUCGGGGCGGUCCGCGGGCGACCUGGCGAAGGCGCUCCAGCGCCUCGUCGUCGUGCAGAUGGGCGCGACGAUCGCGCUGUGCUGCCUGAGCCUGCUCGCGCUGCUGGACACGAACAUCGCCUGGGACCCCCACGUGCCCGCCGUCGGGUUGCUCCUCGCGGCGAUGACCGUGCCCUUCGGGGCCAUCGGCUACUCGGGCGCGGCGCGGCGGAACCCGGGCGUGCUCAGCGUCCACCUCGCGUGCAUGUCCGCGCUGAGCGGCGCCUUCCUGAUUCUGGCCGUGGCGAGCCUCGAGGUCGCCGUCGGCGCGUCGGACGGCUACUUCUUCUCGCGGGCCGCGCGCGCGUCCGUGCGCCAGCACAACCUCGCCGUCGGCGUCGCGUCCGUGGGGCAGCUCGUCGUGGGGCUGCCCCAGUGCGUCGCGUCGCUGCUGCUGCGGCGGCGGCUGAGCGCGCUGCUGACGCGGCGCGGCGCGUCCGACGACGUCGCGGACCGGCGCUUCGCGCUGAAGACGUGCUCCGUCGUGCUCUGCCUGUUGGGCCUCGUCGGUUUGUCGUACUCGUCGGCCGUCGUGUCGUACUUCGUGCGCCAGCACCUCGGCGCCGCGGCCUUCGCGCCCUACAUGCUGCUGGAGGGGUCCAUCAUGCUCCUCGUCGUGGCGGCCUUCAGCCGCUGGUGCUCCGCGGAGGCGAUGAUGAACGUCGACGUCAUCCGCUGGUACUGCGCGCUCGCGCGGACGACGGCGGCCUACUUCUGCGUCGCCUUCGCCGUCGCCGUCGUGACCCUGCUGUCCAUCGGCGCCAAGGCGACGCGCGGCGGCCGCGAGCGCACGUCCGUGACCGCCAAGGCCACGGGCCUGCUCCUGCUGCUCGCGACGUUCGACGCUUUGAUCGCGUCGACGCUCCUCGUGUCCGUGCGCGCGGCGCAGACGCUGCUCAUCGCCCGGGAGCUCAUGGCCGCGGAGAAGAUGAUGGCGCGCCGGGGCCGGCCGCGGUCGUCGAGCGCGGAGAAGAAGCGGCCGAACUCGCCGCUGCGCGCCGCGCUGCGCCUCGUCGCGUCGCCGUCGCUCAUGUCCGACGCGGACGACGUCAUCCCCGACGACGCGGACGAGGAGGCCGUCGCGACGGCGCGCUUCGAGGACGAGGACGAGGACGAUCUCGAGCAGGUGCCCCUGACGGACUACGAGCGCGGCGCGAUCUGCUGGGCGCUCUUCACGGGCCUCGUGCACAUCUUCAUGGACGGCACGUUCGCCAUCUUCAGCCACCUCGUGCGCUUCACCAACGACCGGGGCCGGCUCCAGCGGCCCUGGUUCGUCGAGCUCUGGCACCUCUGGGGCAAGGUCGACGCGCGCUACCGCCGGUCCGACUCGUUCAUCGUCGUCCAGGUCGGCGCGAUGGCGCUCGUCGCGGGGCCCGCGUGCCUCGUCUUCGCCUGGGCGACCUUCGAGCGCAAGGUCUACCGCCACGCGCUGGGCAUUUUGAUCGCGACGGCCCAGGUCUGGACGCUGGUCCUCUACGUGGCGACGGAGGCGCACGCGGGCUUCCAGGACUGCGCGCCGCGCGACGACUUUUUAUUCUUCUGGGUGCUCUUCAUCCUCACGUCCAUCAUCCGCUUCCUCCUGCCCCUGCCCGUGCUCGCCGGGUCCAUCAAGGGCAUGCUCCGGGACGCCGAGUUCCACCGGCGCUGGCACCUCCAGUACCGGAAGCUGUCCACGUCGGAGCGGAAGCGCGCGCUCGAGAUGGAGCCCGCGCUCGACGACCCGCUCUGA